AUUUCUGAAGGGAGCCAUCUGUUGGUGAAAAAGAAGAAAAGAAGAAGAGCUGACUUUUUUAGGUGUGAAAUUUGUUUUUCUAACAAGGAUUGAGUUAUGGCUUUGUCAAUGAAGAAAGCAACGGGUGGUGGUGAUGAUGAUGUGAAUGUCACACUUGAAGAUCAACAGAAGAUCAACAAGUUUGCAAGGAAAAGCAAUAAACUUGGAGAAAUUCAGGAUGAAAUCACAAACAAAAAGAAAGAUCUUCAAAACCUGGAGGAUGCAGCCGAUGAAUUAGUCCUGGGAGACGAAGAUGACUUCAUACCGUAUCAGAUUGGGGAGGUGUUCUUUCACCAGAGUCUUGAGGAUGCCCAGCAGUCGGUGGAGAAUGCCAAGACAAGGAUGGAGGAGGGGAUAGCUGCCCUGGAGGCCCAGGGUGACGGCCUUAAGGGAGAACUAGGAGACCUCAAGGCACAGCUAUACGCCAAAUUUGGAAAGAAUAUCAAUUUGGAGAUGGAUGAAGAUUGAUGAAGGAUCAUACGACUUUUGGACAGUUUUGACUUUUGAAGCUGAAAUGUGACAUAUUUGUGUGUUUUUGUAUGAUUUGCUGAGCUUGCAUGAAUCAUUCUGAACAGCAAAGUUUAGAUGUUUUGCAAGGUACAUGUGACAUACCGGUAGUAACUUCUUAUAUAUUAAAACUAUAGUGCGAGUGCUUUGAUAAAUAAUUAUGGUGUGUCCAUAUAUAUAUAUCUGAGGGAUGGGGAGGGGUGUUAAACUUGUUAACAAGGAAGAAGAUGAUGUAAAUUAAAUUGGUACUUUCAGUCUCAGGUACAGGGUAUUAACUUCUGUAAAAGUUCAUCUUUUGAAAUUCAGAAUUUUAUCAGUGCUAAAUGUUUGUACCGGACUAUAUCUGCCAUAUUACAUGUACAAGUGUAUGUAUGGUACUUGGAAUAGUGGAAUGGCUGUGAAUGAGCCUGUAGAAAGUAGAGGCUCGUAAAAACCUAGAUGACCGACAUUCCUUGAUUGCACAUUUGACAUUUCCAUUACUAAAGUUUGUGAGUAGCAGCUUCUGAGUCACAUUUCUCUUUGCUGUGUUUAGUGAAAGUGCCUGCAACAUGGCAACAGUUAAUAUGCCCCUCUUCUGUUUGGCUGCAACCAAGGAAAUCUCCUUGCUACCCAUACAUGUACAGUAUACCCUUUUUUUUUUUGUCCAUCCAAAUUGAGAAGAAAGAUGUAUAUCUGUUCUUUCAACGGGAUAAUGAUGUUGCUUUGAAAUAUCAUAAAAAUAUUUAAAAGUCCUAUCAUAUUGUGGUAAAACUGCGGGCUAGCUAAUGAUCAAUGCUAAAAGUAGAACUAUCUUAUGCUAUUGUUCAACCACUUUACAUUAUGGCAAUAGCAAAAAAUGAUACAUUAGUGGAUAUAAAUCAUUUUCAUUUGAAAUGUACAGAAUGACAUAACAAAGGGGUGUCCAAUAGAAGUCUGUCAUACAAGCAUGUGACCACUGUUUUGACACAUAUUUAUAGGUCAUCUAUAAUUUUAUUGAUAGAACAUCCAAAAAUAUGAAUUAUGGUAUCAAAACACAUGUUAAUAAUACUCUCCAUUCCCAUGACAAUAUUUUUCACGGUGAAUAACGGGAAACACAUAUCCAUUUAUAAAAUGUGAUCUUUAAGGAGUUGGAUUUGAUGAAUAAUACUUUCUACUUUGAGCAUCUACAUGUACAGAUCCUUUUCAAUUUUGAUAUCUGGACUGGACAUCAUAGAACUACCCAUACAGACCAACUCAUGGUUGAGGCCGGUUAUUCCCUUCUCACUUUUAUAAAAGCAGAGUUUUGUCGGAUGGAAAAUGAGUUGUUACCAGUAGUAACAUUUAGACUGCAAUGAAUUCCGGUAUGCUUUGUUUCUGCAAACGGAGAUGGCUUAUAACCAAGUACGUUUGAGAAAAUGAAAUUGUCUAACUUGUGCAAAUGCUUUGUACAGUUUUGUUAAUAAAUGUGGAUAAAUUAAAAAA